GGCAGCGCUCCGCACCGCGCGGCGCUGCGCUGGGCGCCCCGGGCGGCGGGGCACCAUGAUGAGCAACUACCCGGACGGCGAGGAGGACGCGGUGGCGCUGCUGGCUCAUGACACCGGCGGCAGCAAGGAGCCGGAUCGGGGCAAGGAGGAGCUGAGCGCGGACAAGGGCCCCGAGAAGCCGGACCCGUCGCAGAAGCCCCCCUAUUCCUACGUGGCCCUGAUCGCCAUGGCCAUUCGGGAGAGCGCAGAGAAGAGGCUCACGCUGUCCGGGAUCUACCAGUACAUCAUCAGCAAGUUCCCUUUCUACGAGAAGAACAAGAAAGGCUGGCAGAACAGCAUCCGCCACAACCUCAGCCUCAACGAGUGCUUCAUCAAGGUGCCCCGGGAGGGCGGCGGCGAGCGCAAGGGCAACUACUGGACCCUGGACCCCGCCUGCGAGGACAUGUUCGAGAAGGGCAACUACCGCAGGAGGCGAAGGAUGAAACGGCCUUUCCGGCCGCCUCCGACCCACUUCCAGCCCGGCAAGACCCUCUUCGGCCCCGACAGCUACGGCUACCUGUCCCCGCCCAAAUACUUGCAGUCCACCUUCAUGAACAACUCGUGGCCGCUGGCGCAGCCCCCCGCGCCCAUGCCCUACACGUCCUGCCAGAUGUCUGGUGGGAACGUCAGCCCCGUCAAUGUGAAAGGACUCUCGGGCCCGGCGUCCUACAGCCCCUACUCGCGGGUGCAGAGCAUGGCGCUGCCCAGCAUGGUGAACUCCUACAACGGCAUGGGCCACCACCACCACCACCCGCACGCCCACCAUCCCCAGCAGCUCAGCCCGGCCAGCCCCGCGCCGCCCGCGGCCCCGGCGGCCAACGGGGCCGGCCUCCAGUUUGCCUGCGCCCGCCAGCCCGCCGAGCUGUCCAUGAUGCACUGUUCUUACUGGGAGCACGACAGCAAACACAGCGCCCUGCACUCCCGCAUAGACAUCUAGGGAGGCUCCGGCCAGCCGCCGUCACAGAAAUGCACCGGCCCUGCUGCCCCUGUCCUACCCCGCCGCGUUCCCCUGCGCUCCGUGUCUCUGCUCCUCGUCUCUAGCCACGGACUUCCCUCUGUCUUGUGCCCAAACUCCCGCAGCCUUUCCCCGCGUGUAGUGUCAGUGUAGGAGCCGUCCCUCCCCAAGAAGAAGGCGGUAUAAGUGUGGGGGCUCCGCUCGGGGCUGCGCCGGCAGCGGCGGCCGGGCCGCCUGUCUCCGGGCCAGCGGGGACUCACCGGGAGUUUUCUCUGCUCGUCUUGUGUGUUUUAUGUCGGUCUCAACAUCACAGCCGCCCUUCUGGAAAAGUCUUACGGGGUUCAGGCAAAGGGAAACCAACACAGAAGUGACUCGGAAAGCACGAUGGCAAACGAUUAAUCAAACCAGAGACAGGAAGGCGGAGUGGCCAUUUUCGAUGACAUGAGGCAGCACGGGGUGAAUGCGGGGUGAACGGAGUGCCCCACGGAGUGGCCCUCGAGGGACGUGUCACUGACAACCGAUGGUAAUCCGGCGUUCGGCUGAGGCAGGGCCGUCUGAAGAAAAACCGCGGGGCUUCG